AUGGCUCACCCACUUUUCAUAAAAGUCUUAAACGUAUUAUCUUACAUUUUUUUUUUAACUGCGAAUAUUUAUUCUGUUUUCGAAGGCGAUGGGAGUCAAUCUCCUUAUCAUGGAUCCCACAAAACUUACAUCUCUCCAGCUCCUUUUGUUUUUGGUGUUUGGGGUCUUAUUCACUUUUUAUUAGGAGGCUUUGUUAUUUAUCAAUUCUUUCCUGCUGCGAAUGAUGUCGUUGUUGAUGGUAUCCAUUGGCACUUUAUCGGAAUCUCGCUACUUAAUGGUUUGUGGUUAGCUUCAUGGGAAGCCAAUUAUCUAAUUAUUUCAUUCAUUGCCAUCUUACUCACAUCUGGCCAAAUUUCCUACGUCUACGCCAUGCUCAAAAGGCAACAAUUUGCACCUGCAAAUUUGGUCGACAAACUUUUGAUCCAUGUUCCUUUCUCUUUAUAUCAUGCAUGGAUUGCCGUGAUUCUAGUACUUAGUGUUUUCGCUAUCAUCACUCCUGAAAAAACUGAUGAUGAGCCGAUCGUUCUUGUUAAAAUAGUUGUUGUAAUCGCAUUACUUAUACUUAAAGGCCUAUCUGCUACUUACAUUGAAGCUGGUAAUGAUAUUGCUGGUGCUAGCGUCAUUGCCUGGACCUUAGUUGGUAUUUUUGUCGAGCAAGAAGAUCCAGUUAUCCAUUGGUCUGCUCUCAUUCUUGUCAUCUUUUCAACAAUUCAUAUCAUCAUAGGUAUUGUUAAUCUUUUCCGUAAAAACAGAGGAAGCGAAGA